AUGGCCGGCGAAAUUCCCAAGGAGGAGAAGAAGCCCGAAGCCGGAAACGUGAAAAUCCUCGACAAAGCAAACGUGAAGCCCAAGAAACCCAUCGGCCGGCAGGAGUGCCAGCUUGUCACUUUCGAUCUCCCCUAUUUAGCAUUUUUCUAUAAUCAAAAACUGCUCGUGUACAAAAAUUGCGAGGAUUUUGAGGCGGUGGUGGAGAAAUUGAAGGAUGGGCUGGCUCUGGUUUUGGAGGAAUUUUACCAGCUGGCGGGGAAAUUGGACAAGGACGAGGACGGCGUGUUCAAGGUGGUGUACGAUGAUGGUGAUGCGGUCGGGGUCGAGGUUGUGACGGCGGCGGCGGAGGAGAUCGCGGUGGCGGAGCUGACGGCGGAGGAGGGGACGUCGAAGUUCAAGGAGCUGCUUCCCUACAAUGGGGUGCUGAAUCUGGAGGGGCUGCAGCGGCCGCUGCUGGCUGUGCAG